UUUCCUGCAACACAACACUUCCAUCUCUCGCGUGAAGGGUAUGCUGUUUUAUCACUUCACACUGGAUCGUACCUGCUGCCUGAACAUUGACAACGAUGGAAAUAUAAAGAGCGAGUAUGAGAGGGGUUCGCCGCAAACUGUCAUUAGGUUGACAGAGAUGGGCUGCUGAUUUGGGAAUCCCGGAGAGCUGGAAGCGCCCAGGAGCACCAUGACCGUGUUCAACCAGGAGAAUGUGGAGGAUUACUACGAGAUUGGAGACGAGCUCGGGAGUGGUCAGUUUGCUGUGGUAAAGAAAUGCCGUCAUAAGAGCACUGGAGUGGAGUAUGCAGCCAAAUUUAUCAAGAAAAGGCGCAGCAAAUCCAGUCGGCGAGGGGUCUCCAAAGACGACAUUGAGAGGGAGGUCAGCAUCUUGAAGGAAAUCCAGCACCCCAAUGUCAUCACCCUGCACAAUGUGUUUGAAAACAAGAACGAAGUCAUUCUCAUCCUGGAGCUUGUGGCAGGAGGGGAACUCUUUGACUUUCUAGCUGAGAAAGAGUCAUUGAGUGAAGAGGAGGCCACCGAGUUCCUCAAGCAGAUCUUGGAUGGAGUCAGUUACCUACACUCCAAACAGAUUGCCCACUUUGACCUGAAGCCGGAGAACAUCAUGCUGCUGAAACGGAGUGUGCCUCACCCACGCAUUAAGCUCAUUGACUUUGGCCUGGCCCACAAGAUCGAUUUUGGCAAUGAUUUCAAAAACAUCUUUGGUACCCCGGAGUUUGUAGCUCCAGAAGUGGUGAAUUAUGAGCCGCUUGGCCUGGAGGCAGACAUGUGGAGCAUUGGGGUGAUCACAUAUAUUCUGCUUAGUGGUGCCUCACCUUUUCUGGGUGAAAAUAAGCAGGAGACACUUGCCAAUGUGUCAGCUGUGGACUACGAGUUUGAUGAGGAGUACUUCAGCAACACCAGUGCUUUGGCCAAAGACUUCAUUGCACGGUUACUGCUCAAAGAUCCAAAAAAAAGAAUGACAAUCCUGGACAGUCUUCAACAUCCCUGGAUCAAGCCAAAGGACACGCAGCAGGCACUGAGUCGUAAGGAAUCAGCAGUGAAUAUGGAGAAGUUUAAGAAGUUUGCUGCCAGAAGAAAGUGGAAGCAAUCGGUGCGUCUCAUCUCUCUGUGUAACCGGCUCUCCCGCUCCUUCCUGUCUAGGAGCAACAUGAGUGUUGCACGCAGUGAUGACACACUGGAUGAGGAGGACUCAUUUGUCAUGAAGGCUAUUAUCCAUGCAAUCAACGAUGACAAUGUUCCAGGUCUGAAACACCUGCUUGGAUCCCUGACCAGCUAUGAUAUUAAUCAACCUAACAAGCACGGAACCCCUCCGCUCCUGAUUGCUGCGGGCUGUGGAAAUGUCCAGAUCAUUGAUGUGCUAAUGAAAAAAGGAGCGGAGAUUCAAGCCUUUGAUAAGACUGGAGCCAAUGCUAUCUACUAUGCCGCCCGACAUGGUCAUGUGGGGACCUUGAGAUUCUUGCAUGAAAAGAAGUGCCCUCUGGACAUCCAAGAUAAGUCUGGAGAAACGGCUCUGCAUGUGGCAGCUCGCUAUGGUAACGUGGAUGUAGUCCAGUACCUUUGCAGCAUCCAUGCCAAACCUGACCUAGUGGACCGGGAGCAGGAGACACCUCUCCACUGCGCAGCCUGGCACGGUUACUCCGCGGUGGCCAGAGCCCUGUGCGAGGCUGGCUGUGAUGUCAACGCCCGGAACCGUGAGGGCGAGAGCCCGUUACUCACCGCUUCCGCCCGCGGCUUCAAGGACAUCGUGGAGUGUCUGCUGGAGCAUGGGGCGGACAUGGACUCUGCUGAUAAGGACGGUCACAUCGCUCUGCAUCUGGCAGUGAGGAGAUGUCAAACUGAAGUGGUGAAGUGUCUGCUCAGCCAUCACUGCUAUGUGGACCACCAGGAUCGCCACGGCAACACACCCCUUCACAUCGCCUGCAAGGACGGCAACUUGCCUGUGGUCAUGCAGCUCUGUGCUGCUAAAGCCAAUAUGGAUAUUCCUAACAAAUUUGGGAGAACACCUCUUCACCUGACAGCUAGUAACGGUGGUCUGGAGGUGGUGCGUCAUCUCUGUGUUACAGGAGCCAACACUGAAGCCAUCACUAAUGAUGGAAAGACAGCGGAGGAUCUCGCGAUUGCACAGCAGCAGGAGCAUGUAGCAGUGCUGCUGGCCAAGCUGAAAAAGGACAACCAUAAGAGCAUUUACAUCCAGCAGCUGCGGCCUACACAGACCCUCCAACCUCGCAUCAAACUCAAGCUGUUUGGCCACUCGGGAGCAGGGAAGAGCACUCUGGUGGAGUCUUUGAAGUGUGGCAUCUUGCGGAGUUUCUUCAGGAGGAGGAGGACCAGGUUGACCAACCCUGUCCGGCACCCAGCCUCACCUGUCACCUCCAAACCAGCAGUGUCUGCCAGCAUCUCUAACCUGUACCCAGGCUGUGAGAAUGUAAGUGUGCGCAGCCGCAGUAUGAUGUUUGAGCCCAGUUUGACUAAAGGAGUGCUGGAGGUCUUUAGUCCUGUUCAUAACGCUCUCUCCACGGCUGACGACACCGCCACCAAAGCCAUCGACAUCCAGAAUGCCUAUGUCAAUGGUGUUGGAGACUUCAUUAUAUGGGAGUUCUCUGGUAAUCCCGUCUACUACUGCUCAUAUGAUUACUUUGCUGCGAAUGACACCACAGCCAUUCAUCUGGUCUUAUUCAGCCUGGAGGAGCCUUACGAGACUCAACUGAACCAGGUCACAUUCUGGCUCAACUGCCUGAAGGCUCUCAUGCUGCCAGAGGACAACAUCGCCUUUGGAGGGAAGAUCAGGAAUCCACUGCGCGUGGUCCUGGUGGCCACACAUGCUGACAUUGUGAAUCUGCCUCGAUCGUUUGGGGGAGAGUUCAGCUAUGAAAAGGAGAGAUCCCUACUUAGGGAAGUCAGAAACAGGUUUGGGAAUGAUCUUCACAUUGCCGAGAAGCUCUUCAUCAUGGAUGCAGGAGCGUCCAACUCCAAAGACAUGAAGCUGCUGAGAAACCUUCUGUUAGAGCUCCGCAACUCCAUCAUAUCUACCUGCAGGUCGAUGACUCAGCUGGCAGAGAAGCUGUUGUCCACUCUGCCUUCCUGGAGGAAACUGAACGGGCCAAACCAGCUGAUGUCAUGGCAACAGUUUGUUGUGGAUGUGCAAGAACAAAUCAACCCUCUAGCCAGCGAAGAGGAUCUGCGGGAACUGGCUUCACAACUUCACAGCAUGGGAGAGAUUAACAUCAUGCAAAGUGAGACUGUCCAGGAUGUUGUCCUGUUAGAUCCUCGCUGGCUUUGUAGUAACGUACUUGGCAAACUUCUCUCGAUUGAAACCCCCAAAGCGAUCCACCACUACCGUGGCCGCUACCGUGUGGAAGAACUCCAAAACCUGGUCUCAGAAGGUGACAUUGAUGAACUUCUCCAGGUGCUUGACGCCAUGGACGUAUGUGCCCGUGACUUUGCCAACCCAGGAAUGGUCGACAUUCCUGCCCUCAUACGCACAAGUGGCCUACAGCACACCUGGACGGAUGAGGAAGAUGUAGAAGGCGAGGGCACUUUGCUUUACGGUGGAGUGCGAGUAGUACCUGCGGAGCACUUGGCACCAUUCCCUUGUGGACUUUUCCAUAAGUUACAAGUGAACUUGUGCAGGUGGAGCCGGCAGCAGAAGCCGGAGGUCGAGGCUGAGGAUGUGAGGUUGUGGAGCGGUGGAGCUCGGGUUGGACUUGGCGGUGCUGAGGCCCUGGUUCUGCUUGUGAACCAUGGGCAGGGCAUGGAGGUACAGUUACGAGGACCUGACUCGGAUCCCGGCCGUUGCUAUGCUUUAUUGGACACGUUAUGCAGCAUGGCAGAGGGUCUGUUAGCUGCUACAUUACCCGGUUUGCUUACCGCCCGACAUUAUCUCAGCCCUCAGCAGCUGCGGGAACACCACGGCCCUGUCAUGCUCUACCAACCGAGGGACUUUUUCCGCACUCAAGCACGAGGCGAGAACGCCCUGUCGAACACCAUGGGUGGCUAUCGUGAGAGCUUUGUCAGUAUCGUAGCAUUAGGUUGCACCCAUGUCUACAAACAGGGCAGGCUUGGAGGGGAAGUGCCCGUGGCGGAAGUCAGUCACCUGGCUCGACGCAAGCUCUGCCGUCUGCUGGACCCGCCAGAUGCCCUUGGGAAGGACUGGUGCCUGCUUGCCAUGAACUUGGGCCUUAGCGAGCUCGCUGCUAAAUACAGUUCUGGUACCAAUGGGACUCCGCCUGCAGACCCCCUUUCCCUUCCCAGUCCCACAGCCUUGCUCCUGCAAGAUUGGAGCCAGCAACCCAAUUCAACCAUAGGCAUUUUGGUAGCUAAGUUACGAGAACUUGGCCGUCGGGAUGCGGCAGAUUUUCUCCUUCGAGCUGCACCAGUGUUCCGGGUCAACUUGGAGAUUCUGGGCACCCCACCAGAGCCCUACAGCCCGGUGUGUAAUGGGGGCGGCACAUCCUACAACUCCAUCAGUUCCGUGAUCUCUCGUUAGGACGUCACUUGUGUCUGUAGAGAAACUUGCAGUUUACCGGUGGAGUGGUGUUAAAUCUCAAGCUCCCUGGUGUCCUGAGACAGAAGUAUUUGAAUCAGAUACUCAGCUCAUGUCCAUUUUGUUGCCCUUCGCGAUUUCCGAAUGUUCAUUCUUGGUGUCUUUGAAAAGGUGCCUAUGUACUUUUUUUUUCUGCAAAUCUUUUAUUGACUGUCCCAACAUUCCCCAAUGUCCUUAUUGAAUGAAAAUUCUGCAGUUUGCAAUUACUUUUAUA